AGUCGUGUGACUGUGAGGUAGGGCCUAGUUAUUUCUGUUUAAAUGCGAAAUUAAUCGAUUUUCCUGGCUGUUCUACUCUACCCCAGUCGAGAUUCACCCUGUUGAGGCUGUUGCGGAAAUAUACCACUUCACUUUGGUUACAAUCCCUCUUCGCCGGUAAUGUCUGGAACCCGUAAUAACAAUGAGAGGCUUUCCUCUACGGAAUUUACUUCCGAUGGCGUUCCAGCUGCAGGUUGGCGGUUACGGCUAGAUCAUCAGUUUAAAGAAAAGUGGAAACCAUUUGAUCGACCACGAGUCCGUGAGAUAAUGUCAUUGAUGUGGAUGUUUGUAAGAUAUAUGUGUUACUGGAUAAAGCUAAAAUUAGCUAACAGAACUGCAUUUAUUGACCAGUUAAGUGCAGUUAAGUGCAAACAGAUUUAUGGUGUUCCAAUAGGAGGUAUUGGCUGUGGAACAAUAGGACGAGGAUGGAAAGGGGAGUUUUGUCGUUAUCAACUUAUCCCUGGCAUGUAUCGGCACCAUACAAUUCUAGCAAACCAAUUUAUAGUGACUAUCCGGAUGGAAGGCACGACCGUGUACCAACAAGUGUUGUCACCGAAAACAAAUACCAAGUCACAACUGCGAGCAUGGAAGUGGGGAUUUGACGGCGCGAAUGCAUUCUACCAUGCACUUUACCCGCGCUCCUGGAUGGUGUACAACAUUGCUGAGCACAGUGUGCGACUUAUCUGCCGACAGGUUUCGCCUGUCAUUCCACACGACUAUCAGGACUCGAGCAUUCCAUGUGCGGUGUUUGUGUGGGAGGUUGAAAAUUCAUCUGCUGAUGAACUAGACAUCAGUAUUGCUUUUACUUUUAAAAAUGGAAUGGGUUGUUCGCUAGACAGAGCUGGCGGGUGCCAAACAGAGGCUUUCAGUGCAUCGGAGGGUGCAUGUUCAGUUAAAGGAGUGCAAAUCCAUCAGUCUUUCAAACAGAUGUCAUGCACAUACGGUUUAGCCAUCAGAGAAACGGCUGGUGUGCAAAUCUCUCACAAAUUGCACUGGAACCCUAAAGGAUCGGGGACUGAUAUCUGGGAUGAUCUUCUCCAGUCUGGAUCGUUCUCAGUUUCCCCAACUACAGAGAAGAGUGAGGUGACACGUAAAGGUCAGGAGAUAGCCUGUGCUGUCUGUGCUAAGAUGAAAGCAAAACCUCACUGUCCAGUAACAGCAGAGAUGUGUCUUGUCUGGGAUAUGCCACGGAUACGCUUUGGUGCCGGAGAGCAGCAGUAUUACAGGCGCUACACACGAUGGUUUGGUAGGGAAGGGAAAGCAACUCCACGACUGUGCUCAUAUGCUCUGUCACAUUACGAAGACUGGGAAAAUAAAAUAAGCACAUGGCAAAUGCCAGUGCUGGAAGAUUCAAAACUUCCGGAUUGGUACAAGUCUGCACUGUUUAAUGAACUUUACUUCAUGGCGGAUGGUGGGACAGUGUGGGUGGAUGUGGACUGUGAAACUGUGACUGGUGUGAAACCUGUAAGCCCUGCCGUUGUCAAUCCUCACAAACUCAUCCAGGAAUAUGGAAAGUUUGCCUACCUUGAAGGUCAUGAGUACAGGAUGUACAAUACGUAUGACGUACACUUCUAUGCAUCGUUUGCCCUGGCUAUGCUGUGGCCUAACCUAGAACUCAGUCUUCUCUAUGACGUUGCUUCCGUUAUCCAGUACACAGAUGAUGAGUCUAUCCUGCACCUCUUUGAGGGAAAUACAGAUGUUAGGAAGCUUGCUAAUGCUGUUCCUCAUGACAUGGGUGACCCAGAUGAUGAGCCAUGGGAAAGGGUGAAUGGCUACCGAGUGCAUGAUACUGGCAACUGGAAGGAUCUCAACUUAAAGUUCGUCCUGCAAGUAUACAGAGAUUAUUUGCUGCAAAAGGAUAAACAACUUCUUGUGGACAUGUGGCCACUUGUGCAGGCUGUAAUUAAGAAGGGUAUUGAACAGGACUCUGAUAAAGACGGCAUCAUUGACAACACAGGAGCUGAUCAGACCUAUGAUGCAUGGAGGAUGUAUGGUGCCAGUGCUUACUGUGGCGGACUGUGGCUAGCAGCUUUAAAGGCAGCCUGCGAGAUAGGUACCAUCAUCGACAGCACUGCCGAUACAGUUGAAUAUGCUGCCCUCUUGGAACAAGGCAAAGAAUCUUACUACAAGAAACUUUGGACAGGACGGUUUUACCUCUUUGACUGCAGCGGGCGUGAUUGUGCCAAUAGUAUCAUGUCAGAUCAGUUAGCCGGCUAUUGGUAUCUUAAAGCGUGUGGAAUCGAAGCAGAGGUUUUUCCACCAGAGACUAUUACCACGGCACUGCGUACGAUAUACGAAAACAAUGUGCUGAAGUUCGAAGGUGGCACCAUGGGAGCAGUGAAUGCCAUGCGAACUGAUGGAUCCAUAGACACCUUUUGCCUACAAGGAGAAGAGACGUGGACAGGCACUUCCUAUGCACUGGCAGCUACGAUGAUUCAGGAGGGCAUGGUUGAAGAGGGUUUCCACACUGCAGAGGGAGUCUACAGGAGUUGUUAUGAGCGUCUAGGCCUCGGAUUCCAAACACCAGAAGCACUCUAUGCACCUAGGCAGAAGUUUCGCUCGCUAGGUUACAUGAGGGCACUGGCUAUCUGGUCUAUACAGUGGGCAUUAGAAAACGUUCAACCUCUAUAAAAAAAAAUCAGUCCAUCAUUAAUGUUAGCUUGAAGCCUGAGAUUCCAAUGGAGUGCUAAUUUCUCAAUCUAUGUGCACACUAUUGUUUCUCUUCUAUUAUAUGUAUCUGUGCACCAAGCCCAGUUAUAUUAAUAAUCUAUGCACUAUUUGUUACUCCCUUAUGGCGAGCAUGAUCUUCCACUAAAAGUCUGUGCCAAUGCAUUACGCUACAUUCUUUCAAAGUUUUAUGUGCUCUUGUGUCAAUCAGUUUUACCUCUCAUUUCGUUUAUCAUUUGAAAAUUGCCAAACGUAUUUGAAAUAUGCAUUUCUGUUCGUUUCCACACGGAAAACAAAUUGGUGAGCAUGCAGAUGGUUAUCUCAGAGGGCGCGUUUGUUUGGUCGGAUCCACGGAUCUCGAUCCACUGGAUCCGUGGAUCUGACUGUUUGUUUGGUUGGAUCCACCGAACUCGACCCUGCUAGCGAUGUGGAUUCGAAGGGGAUCCAAUAUGAUGGCCCGCGCCUCAGCCAAUCACAGCUUGUUCUUUGUUAUGAACCAUCCCGUGAUAGGUCACAGCGAAACGCGAACCGUUGAAAGUGAGUUUGCGUUUGUUUGGGUUAGGGUUCGAUCGAGAUCCGUGGAUCUGACCAAACAAACAUGCCCUAAGUUUUUGUCAUGCUUUGUCGUACUUUUAAUUGUAUCAUUGAUUUACUGUACAUAUGGCAUUAUUUCAUUUGGGAGACAUGAAUCAAAUUUAGUUACAUAGUGAUAUAGUGUAGAUUUAUGGUAAAUGACAGAGUAAUAUAUGUGAUGUUAUACCAAUUAAAGUUUAAAGUAAGUAGUGAAGUAAUUAUUAAAAUAAUUCUUUAAGUUCGUCAUGUUAUGAAUAUUGUCAUGAACCUAGUUUUCUGCUACGAAAAUAACGUUCAUCGUAAGCAUAUGUGGUUUAAAAUCAUUUUUCACUAGUAAAUUAUUUACUGGAUGGGAUAUACGGUGUCUAUGAAUAACUUUGUAUUCGGUGCUAAAAGUUGUUACUAGUAUUGGUUGUUUUUUUGUUCGAGUAAAAUUGAAUGCAGGAUCUAAAAUCUAUAGAUAAGAGUAACUAUUCAUCAGGAUUACACUGACCGUUUUUUCACGAUGUAUCCUGAUUUUGAAUCUUGAUCUCUUUAUUAUGAUCUCGGCAAACUAUGCGUGCAGUAAACCCAGAUGUGGAUGGAGUCAUCAUGGAAUCAUGGAGUCCCAGAUUUACGAACAUUUGGCUUCCGACCGUGCUUGUUGGCAAUCGAUUAAUGUUUUAUUAAUGACUUUUCAAUGCUGAACUGCACAUACGAUGCAAAUGGUUUGAACCAAUCUACUUUCUAAUACCCAAUACAGACUGCAAAUUUGAUACCACAUCAAACUAGUCCGGGCCGCGAAUUUUUUUUCCCCAUUUGAGUUACGGA